AUGCUCCAUUCAACAUUGGCCUUGUCCCUUCUGUUAAUUGCAGUUACUUCCAACCUUGCAAUGGCAAUUAAAAAGGAAAAACGAGCACCUCAGACACUGUCAAGAGGGUGGGGAGAUGAAAUUACCUGGGUACAAACUUAUGAAGAAGGGCUUUAUCAAGCAAAAAAAAGUAACAAGCCACUGAUGGUAAUUCAUCAUUUGGAAGACUGUCAAUACUGCCAAGCGCUGAAGAAAGCUUUUGCAGAAAAUGAAGAAAUACAGGAAAUGGCCCAAAAUAACUUUGUUAUGCUGAAUCUCAUGCAUGAAACCACAGAUAAAAACCUGUCACCUGAUGGACAAUACGUGCCUCGAAUCAUGUUUGUAGACCCAUCUCUCACAGUACGAGCUGAUAUCACAGGAAGAUACUCCAACCGGCUUUACACGUAUGAACCACAAGACAUACCAUUCUUAAUAGAGAACAUGAAGAAAGCACUACACCUCAUUCAGACUGAACUGUAACCAGCAACAGUGACAUUACCAUAACCUUUACGAGGUGAAGCUGC